AUGAAUAACGUAAUAAGAAGUGUGCCAUAUAAAAAGUAUAAUGAUAUUGUUUGGACAGUUGAGGAUGACAUUUAUGUACUUGAAUUAAACAGAUUAGAAAUUAAAAAUAAUGAAACUUUCAUAGAAAAAAAUACAUUUAUAGAAAAAACAAGUGAAUUAGAAUAUAAUGAAGUUUUACAAACAAAUCAGUUUUCAAAUGAUAAAAUAAUUACAUUUGAAAAUCCAGUGGUAUUUGAAAUAACACCUAAUAAAAAUUCAUUUAAUAAUUUGAAUGAAAAUAAUAAAAUUCCCAAAUUUGCAGACAAUCCUUUCAUAUUAAAUGAUAAAAAAGAAUAA